CCGGGCGGGGCGGGCGGCGGCGCCACCUUUAAAGCGGUGCCGGGGCCGGGGCCGGCGGUGCCGCCGCGGACGCCGCAGCGAUGAAGAGGAGGGUGUGCAUCGGCCUCGUGCUCGCCGCCGCCGCCGCCGUCUGCCUGGCGCGACCGGCGGCCGAGGCGCCGCGCCGGGACCGCGACCUGCACCGGGACCGGGACCUGCACCGCGACCUGCACCGGGACCAGGACCUGGACCUGGACCGGCCCGCGGCGCCGGAGCAGCAGCGCCUCGUCCCCCGCCUGCUGCCGCAGCUGCUCGCAGGGCUGAGCACCCAGCAGGGCCACGGGCACGGCGAGGAGGGCGCCGAGGCCCUGCACGACCACUACUACCCCGACUGGAUGGACUUCGGCCGCCGCAGCGCCGAGGCCGCCGUCGCCUAGGCGGGGGCGCAGAGCACGGGCGCGCUCGGUGCAUGCAGCGUCCCGCAAUAAAGCCCUGCGCUACA